ACGGUCUACGCCACGGUCCAGAUCUCGCACCCCGCGCUCUCGUUAUUACGCGUCGGCGGGCGAGGAGGACGAGUGCGGUUACUUCUGCGGCUCCACAGGAUCCAGAAGGGAUGCGAAGGCGAAAGAAGCCGCCGAGGACGAUGAAGCCACUCUCAGGGAGAUGCUAGUCAGCCUGCAAAAGCAGGUGACAGUGAUGAGUAUGAAUCUGUCAGCGAAGCUGGACGAGCUGCAGAGAGGCGACCGGCAACUCGAGACGACGGUCGCCCUCUGCGAGAUCAGGUCGCAACUUCAGGAGUUGACCAAGAGCGUGGAGAGCUGCCAAUCGGAGGUCUCGGAGGUAAAACGAGAUAUGGUGGCCAUUAAGCACGAGUUGGACACAGUGCAACAGGUCAAGGAAGAGAUCGAGGAACUUAGGGAGUACGUCGACAGGUUGGAGGAGCACUCUCAUAGGCGAAAGCUUCGGCUUCUGGAGCAGGGCCUAACGUUUUUCCUAUCCUACGCGAUAUUGGCCGCAGUUUUAGGAAUGUUGCAAUUUGGAUACAAUACGGGUGUCAUAAAUGCACCAGAAUUGAAUAUAGAAAAUUUCAUGAAAGAUGUGUAUAAGGAUCGAUAUGGUGAAGACAUUCUCGAGGAGUCUGUCAAGCAGUUGUAUUCUGUCGCUGUCAGUAUAUUUGCUAUUGGAGGAAUGCUCGGCGGAUUCAGCGGCGGAAUGAUAGCUAAUAGAUUUGGCAGAAAAGGCGGUCUGCUUCUGAACAAUGUUCUAGGAAUAACUGGCGCUUGUCUAAUGGGUUUCACGAAGAUAACUCAUUCGUACGAGAUGCUCUUUUUUGGAAGAUUUAUUAUUGGCGUCAAUUGUGGGUUGAAUACAUCUCUGGUUCCUAUGUACAUAUCUGAAAUAGCGCCUUUGAAUUUGAGAGGAGGCCUUGGCACUGUGAACCAGCUGGCGGUCACUGUCGGUUUGCUUUUAUCUCAAGUCCUUGGAAUAGAACAAAUUUUGGGCACCGACGAUGGAUGGCCACUGCUUUUAGGUUUAGCUAUAUUCCCUGCCAUUCUACAAUUACUCCUACUGCCAAUUUGCCCAGAGUCUCCGCGGUAUCUUCUCAUCACGAAGCAAUGGGAAGAGGAGGCUAGAAAAGCUCUAAGGAGGCUGCGGGCUUCCAAUCAAGUGGAAGAAGACAUUGAAGAAAUGCGAGCUGAAGAAAGGGCUCAACAGUCUGAGUCCUCUAUAUCAAUGAUGGAAUUGAUUUGUUCGCCGACACUCCGAGCACCUUUGGUCAUCAGUAUUGUGAUGCAAUUGUCACAGCAGCUUAGUGGGAUAAAUGCUGUCUUCUAUUACUCGACAUCAUUGUUCACCUCCUCUGGGUUGACUGAGGAAAGUGCAAAAUUCGCCACCAUUGGCAUCGGCUGCAUAAUGGUCCUGAUGACUUUGGUGUCAAUUCCUCUGAUGGAUCGAACUGGAAGACGGACUCUUCAUCUUUAUGGUCUUGGAGGAAUGUUCAUAUUCUCCAUAUUCAUAACGAUAUCGUUCCUGAUAAAAGAGUUUUUUGGCUAUGUGCAGGAGAUGAUCGACUGGAUGUCGUACCUGUCAGUCGUUUCGACCCUCAGUUUUGUGGUCUUCUUCGCCGUUGGUCCUGGUUCGAUUCCCUGGAUGAUAACUGCCGAGCUCUUCUCGCAAGGACCCAGGCCAUCGGCUAUGGCCAUUGCUGUGCUGGUGAACUGGAUGGCCAAUUUUGUGGUCGGCAUCGGUUUUCCAAGCUUGAAGGGAGCAUUAGAGAACUACACAUUCCUUCCGUUCAGUGUGUUCCUGGCGAUCUUCUGGAUCUUUACGUACAAAAAGGUGCCGGAAACCAAGAACAAGACAUUUGAGGAGAUUCUGGCUCUUUUCCGGCACGGAAAUGGAAGAGGAAGCUUAAGAGACAGUCGACUCUAUGGGAGCAUGCUUAACUGUGUAAACGCCUUAGAACCGGCGCCUCCUCAACAAGGGCCCGGGACCGAGCAAGCUGCCCUGAUGGUCGCCGCCGAGGAUAAAUCACAUCACGAUUCAUGUAAGAACAGGCAUCCGUAUCGUGAAAAAAGACGUUUGACCAGUACCUAUGACCCCCGAAGACAUUCGGCGUACGCCACUGUGCCAGCUGCCUCCGAGCCAUCCUCUCGCGAAGAAAGAAACAACGGUCGACCUCCGCCGCCUCUGCCGCCGCCGAGAUUCACGAACAACAGCGGAGUCUGACGUUGGCAGGAGCCAAUGGAACCAACGGAACCCACGGAACCACUGGACCCAAUGGUGGAGCCCAGCACCCAACGCCGG